CAUGAAUAACAAAUAUGUCUCUAGAUGUCAAUCCAAGGAUGAUGACACAAUUAAUCAACAUGCUGAGCUAGCUAGUAUCAGGACAUCUAGCACAAUGAACUAAACGGAUAUUUUAAAGUUUAAUACAUGAUACUAAAAUAACAAGACUCAAACAUGAAACAACUUGAUUGGCAUCCGUAUGGUUUUGUGUCAUUCAAUUGUGUUUCUAUUGCAGUUUGGCAAUUCCACUCCACUAAUUAUCACUGGGCACUCUCUUGGGGGAUCCAUUGCUUCUCUCUUCACCUUUUGGCUCCUUGACAGCAUGCCCCCAGAGGCCACAAAGCACCCUCUUUGCAUCACUUUUGGGGCUCCCCUCCUUGGUGACAGUCACUUCCAAGGAGCUAUAUCGGAACGCCGCAAAUGGAAUUCCUGCUUUCUGCACCUGGUCUCAAACCUUGACCCUGUUCCUAAAUCCUUCAUCUCAUCUAUCACUGCCAUUGCUUCGGAUUCGAGCUCUCAGACUAGUACCUAUAAACCAUUUGGUUCAUUCCUUUUGUGCUCAGAAUCAAGUUGUGCUUGUUUCAAGGAAUCCGAAUCUAUUUUGAAACUAAUGUUGGCAUGCAGCUUGGAGAGUGUUGAAAACCAAGAUCCUGAUAAGAUCAUGCAAAUUUAUGGGAAGACUUUAGAAAAUCUGAAAAAUAGGGCAAUCUACAGAGGAAUUUCAUCACUGGGUGAUUGUGGUAUCAAUCCACUUCGAGCAGGAAUCAUCUUACAACUACAAGCAAUUGGAGUUAUUAGAAGUCAGCAACAGCAGGAGAGCAAUGUAGUGAAAGCACUGAUCACAGAAAUUCAAGGAGAGAACAUUCAGAUACGCAGGAGAAAGCCUUUUGAUCCUUCUAAAAGACUGAAAGACGUAAAAAUAAAGAUGAUGUACCUCGAAUGGUACAUAAAGGACACAGAAGAACAAGGAGGUUACUAUGACAGCUAUAAAUAUGCACGACGCAGACGUGCGGAGGAUAUCAGAGAGAAAGAAAAAAUUGCCAAGCACAAGGACGAACUGUCGGAGUACUGGGAAAAAAUGGUUGAAGAAAUGAAGCAAAUACCUCAGAAGGAGUGGGCUCCUUUUCGGACUGGGCUCUAUUCAGGGAAUAACUGUAGGAGGCUUAUCGAACCGCUCGAUAUAGCCGAGUACUAUAAUGCCGGCAAAAAAGACUACCUGAAGCAUGGAAGGGCUGAGCAUUACAUACUAUUGGAGAAGUGGGUGAACAAAGACAAACCGGCCAUGGAACCGAGAAGCAAAGCUUGUAGUCGGACUGAGGAUUCUUGUUUUUGGGCACAUGUGGAGGAGGCUAUGAUUUCAUGCGAAGGGUUGAAGGAUGGAACAAGUAGCACAGAAAACAGAAAGUCAGCAACGCAAAAUCUGCUUCAGUUUGAGAGGUACAUGAAAGGUUCGAUAGAAAACUUAGCAGUUUCCCCUGAGAUUUUCUUAGGGCAAAGCAGUUUCAUGAAGUUGUGGAGAGAGUAUGAAAAACUCACUGGAGCUUCAUAUAAUUCUUGGUUGACUGAUUUUAUGAGGAACGGUUACCGGAGCUAUGCUUAG